AUGUGGCCCACGUACUCCCCUGUAUUCGGAAUUUUCAUUUACAACCAGGGCUACCUGGACUAUGAGCCUUCCCAGGGCGCCAUCUCGACCCACGUGCAUGGCAACUUUGUGGCCAUCAGCAGCGGGAAGCCGAAAACGCGCUACUUCACUGCCGAAGAGAUAACGUAUCCUGGCCUGGAAAACGGCAACCUCUUCGUCGCGACGCGGCUUGACAUAAGCCACCAGCAGCGGGGCGUUUGUGAAGACAAGCAGCUGCGAUGUGAGACGGAUGCCGAUUGUCAUGCGCAGGUGGAGGGAAAGUGCUCUGAGAAGGGCUUCUGCAUUGAGCCUUCCUGGUGCCCCAUCGAAGAGCAGGAUGAAAGCUACAAGCUCGAUGCAUCGGCCGACCUGGCAAUUUGGGUGAAGAGUGCCAUCCAGUUUGUCGGCAUGGCUCCGGACAAAAUCUGGUCGACGGAGACAGACCAUGCUUAUCCAGAGCCAGGUUACAACUUGUUCACCGUCCGCGAACUCCUGCUGCUGUGCGAACCUACGCCUGUCCGCUUCGAGGAGAUUUCGAUGCUGGGCGCGGCUAUCGAGGUUUCUUUCGUCUGGAAUUGUCACAUCCAGAACGACAAGUGCAAGCCCAGCGUGAAGGUUCGUAGGCUUGACACGCUUUUCGAAGAGAGCCAUUUUGGCUACUUCGUCGCCUCAGCAGAGUACGUCACAGACGACGAGCGCUACCAGAAGAACGCGCACGGAGUCCGAAUCUUCUUGAGAACUGUCGGCUCGGGCCAUCGGCUUUCCGUCAUCAAGCUUGCGAUGAAGGCCUCUACUGCAGGAACGCUCCUCACCGUGGCGCCACUCAUCGCCGACCUCCUCAUGCUUCAGGUCUUCGCCCUGAGUCGCAAGUACUUCGCGCGGAAGUACGAGGUCUCCCCCGACUUCAGCGAGUACAUGGAGCAGCUCGUGGCCAAGAAGGAAGAGCAGAGCCGACUCCCGGGGAUGCUGGCCGAGGACGACGCUGCAGCAUUGGAGCGGGACCAAGACUGGCGGAGGCGACUGGAAGAGCACGACUGA